CACUCACUUAUCUUGGCCUGUAGGUGUCCGCCGUAGAUUAGUUGGGUCUGGCGCUUUGCUUGUAGCGUGUGCUGGGCAGGAUCAGCUCGGUUGUUCGGUGCUUCCGGCUAGAGCAAAAUGGGGCGCCACUCUUCAGAUUCAGAGGAAGAAAACAGAUCUCGUAAAAAAAAGAAACACCGCAAACGUUCAUCUUCCAGUAGUUCGUCAGAUGGCAGAACAUACAGUCGUAAAAAGUCAGGAAAGAAAUCAAGGUCUCGAUCCCGAGAGGGAUACUCACACUCCUAUGACAAAAGGCGCAGGCAUCGUUCAAGUAGUGAGUCCUCUUACAGCUCAAGGAGGAAGCGAAGUUCCAGCAGGUCUAAGGACAGAGGAAGGACUCGCAAGUAUCAUAAGUCACGAACGUCAAGGUCAAAAUCAAGGCACCGCCAACGCACCCGCAGCAGAAGCAGUGAUCGAUCUAGCAGAAGAAGAUCUCGCAGUAAAUCGUAUGACAGGGAACGAGGGAAAGGCAAAGAUAAGUCAAAAAUGAGGGAGAAGGAGAGAGGAAAAGUAAAGGAGUCUAGUUCCAAACCUAGUGACUUGGUGAAUAUUAAAGCUGGAUUAGAACAUCUGCCUCCUGCUGAACAGGCCAAAGCAAGGCUGCAGAUGGUUCUUCAAGCUGCUGCCAAAGCAGAUGAAGCCUUGAGAGCAAAGGAAAGAAGCGAGGAGGAAGCGCGAAAGAGGAAAGAAGAAGAUCAAUCCGUGUUACUGGAUCAUGUGAAAAGAGCGAAAGAGAUCGAACUGAUUGAAAGCGACUCAUUUGUUCCGCAGGCGUUCCGAUCAAGUCGCGACACAAAAGCUUCCACAGAAAGCAUCGAGACAAAACAUGAAUCUGCGAUACUAGGGACAGGCACCAUCGAUUUGUUUGAUGAUACGAAAGAAUCAGAGAUUGGCAUCAUGCCUACUACUAUCAAGUACCUGGAUGAUAACUGCCUGGCACACCCGAAUUUAUACAUCGAGAAGGAAGAAGCAGAACUGAAGUGGUACAAGCAAUUAACAUCUCUCCGUCAAGAACGUCUAAUGGGGAGCCCGGUAGCAUAGCAGCCCUGGAUAUGGCUCAAGACUGACCUGUGUCAUGUGUGUGUUGUUCUCUAAUAAAGGAUUUUAUUACAAACCUCA